ACUCCUUCUUCUCUUUAUCCCACAGAGAGAUAAAAGCUAGUUUGAUGUGUAGAACUUGAGAAGCUUCUCACUCACUCCUGUUUGAUAAAAACACAACUAAAAGGGAGCUAGAAAAGUGGUGUUGUUGCAUGGGCAUGAGUUUGAGUUUAUGAUUUUUUGUGGAGAUGGGAAAAGCACCUUGUUGUGACAAACAUGGAGUGAAGAGGGGAUCUUGGACACCUGAAGAAGAUGAGGCUUUAGUUGAGCAUAUCAAGAAGCAUGGAGAAGGAAGUUGGCGCACUCUCCCCAAACAUGCAGGACUACAGCGAUGUGGAAAAAGUUGUAGGCUGAGGUGGAUUAAUUAUCUAAGACCUGGCAUUAAGCGUGGCCCAUUUACUUCUGAAGAAGAGACUAAUAUCAUUCAACUUCAUGCCUUGCUUGGCAACAGGUGGGCUGCUAUAGCUUCUCAACUGCCAGGAAGAACAGACAAUGAGAUCAAGAACUAUUGGAACACCCAUCUAAAGAAGAAUCUUCAUCACCACUCCGGAGGGACUAAACAACCUUGUCUCAGCCCUCAUGCAGGGAUUGUCAAGUCGGAAUCUCCUUCGACUCGGCACAUGGUACAAUGGGAAAGUGCUAGAGUUGAGGCUGAGGCAAGGUUGUCAAUGGAAUCCUCAUUGAACAAUUCAUCCUUCUGCAAACCAAAGCUUGAAUAUGACACAGGUGGAUCAGAUUCCGGCAACUAUGAGUACCUUGAUACUUCUGAUUCUGCAUUCAAACAAUAUCUGGAUAUGCCUGAUGAAGAUAUAGAAUUCUUGGACCACACUGACAGUUUCCUGAACCCUCCUGAUGAUGAUGAUGAGGAGGAUGAUAGAUGUGACUAA